AGAGAGGAGAGGGAAAGAGCGAGAACGAGGGAGGAAUGAGUAUUCACGAUUGUCAGCAUCGCAGGAUGGAUGGACAGACACUAGAAAAUGAAGAAACUCGUUGAUUGAAUUGUUUGAAACUAUUUGCUACAGAAAAAAAAAAGCAUUAUACUUCAUCAAUUACUGAUUUUUCAAAUGCACAUCAAGUAGGGAUCUACGCCAGAAGAAUAAUUAACGUAUUUUCUAAUGUAAACUCAACAUUUCCGAGUGAGAACCGUGCGUAGGCGAUGCACGCUGUAAAUGUGAAUGGACUCCGUGUCUUUCUCCUUUUGUUAGCACUGUUUUUAUCCAACUAGCGCAGCCCAUCCUCGGCUGUACCCCCCUUUUCGAACGGCCAGCGGACAGCUAAGGACCCGGGUUCUAUCUAGAAGACAGACCGCUCUCCUGUGGUCGAAAGCCGGACCUCUCACCUCUCAUUCCCCGCUCUAGGAGAGGACCUCCUCGGUAUGAAAGCACCAGAAACAGCUAUUUUGUAGGGAACCCGUCUGGCAGAGAAGCAGCAACAAAUCCCCGUUUUCAGACUGUGAUUUUGGGGGACGCAGGUUCGUGGUAGGGGGGAGGGGGACCUCGCAUCACAAUGGAAUUCGAGUUUUACAAUACUUCCCCAGUGCGCUAAGGAACGUAACCCUAUUCCGUACACUACUGUAUUUUCCCCUCUCAACUGAAGUAUUUUCUUCUUAUUUUUUAAACCAUCAAAUCCGGGAUGCCGCAUUUCGUGGGGUGAAAGGACCGAACGCGAGGAAACGAAGGAGAGAGAGAGAGAGCAGAGAGGGAAGGACGGAGGAGAAAGAGAGAUUCGAAGAGCAUGGCUCUUGCAACGCUGUCUCUCUGUGUGCUAACUCUCACCUGGGCAAACUUGUACCAGGUGUGUGCCAACAGGCACGCGGUGCAUUGGAACAGCUCCAAUAUACAUCUGCGUAGGGAGGGCUACACGGUGCAGGUUAAUGUGAACGACUACCUGGACAUCUACUGUCCCCACUACAAUGACAGCCAGCGUGUGGUGGGCACCGGGGAGCAGUACAUCCUCUACAUGGUCAGCUACCGUGGUUACAGGACAUGCGACCCCCAGCUGGGCUUCAAGAGGUGGGAGUGUAACCGCCCCCACGCACCAAUCAAAUUCUCAGAGAAGUUCCAGCGCUAUAGCGCCUUCUCCCUGGGCUACGAGUUCCACGUGGGCCAGGAGUAUUACUACAUCUCUACGCCCACUCAUCACCAUGGUCGCAGCUGCCUCAGACUGAGAGUGUAUGUCUGCUGCUCCACAGUGUCUGAUGUUGAUGUUGAACCAGGACAACCAGAACCAGACUACACACUCAGACCAGACAUCAAAAUCCAGGACAUCGAUGAUUUUAACCCUGAGGUUCCUAAACUGGAGAAGAGCGUCAGUGGAAGCAGCCCAUCUAGGGAUCGCCUACUCAUCACCAUAGCAACGCUCCUCCUUGCUGCCAUCACCAUCUCCUAGCAAUGGCCAUCCCAUCAGUGUCGCCAUGCCAACCAGCCAUGGGAGGGCUGGGGCAGGAGGGGUGAAGGAUGACUGGGUCUAGGGACAGGGGACAGGAGAUGAAGGGAACAUGGAGGAGUGCUACAGGAAAACAUGGAGGAAGAAGACCUUCUGAAUGAUGUUGGUUGACAAGGUGUGUGUGUGUGAAGUGAAGGAGGGAAGUUGGAAGGCUUCUUUGUGUGUGUGUGCGCGUGCGUGUGUGCAUGUGUGUGUUUGCUGUUGCUUAGAAGAGGACAUUCACACACAGCAUGAAGAGAAUACCUUUUAUGACUUUGGACAUUGGGCCUGCAUGUGUAUGUAUGGUUCAGAGUGUGUGUGUCUCAACACGUGGUAGAGUUAGCCUGUUGAAACCUGCACACUGCAGACAGCAUUUAUUCAAGAGGAGAGGAGAAGAGGACCUGACUUUCUAUUUGAGCAGCUGAUCGCAAAUGAAACACAGUGAAACGUUUUCAUGGAAUCUGAUUGGCUGACACAAUUCUCUUCUUAGGGCUAGUUGCCUGUUUCUUGCACCGGAGACUGAACUGAUUUAACUUGACUGAAAUGAACUGAAUUAUUGCCUUUUUGUUGUGUCAACUGGGUUCAACCAGAUCUAGUCUGGAUCCCUUCAGUGGAAAUUGAUCUAGUGGUCCUCCACCCAUGUGAUCUGGUCUGAUCUGGACCGUAGCAGCCUGGUACGAAAGAGCCAGUCUGGGUCCAGGUUUAUGAACUGGGAACUGGGACCUCUCUGUCUAGUAUGAGAGAGGGAGAGAGCUACAGUACUGUAUUAGAGUAGUAAUAUGUGUCAAUACAAUGACAGCUAUAGGUUAUUGGUCAGUGGUUGUACCCAUUGUUACACAUUGAUACAACAUCUAGCUCAUCAUUAAACCCCCUAGAGACAUGUUUGUCCUUUAUUAAUUCAUUCCUGGAUAGCAUUAUCUCUGAUCUCGGAGGUCAGAAAAGCACACAUGUUGAGUCGACAGACAGUGACACACUUUCAGCAAUACUGUCAUCGAAUGCAUUGUGUUGGAUUGUACACUGAAGACCUCUCUUCCUCUCUCCUGGAAUCCGAUGGACUGGGACUACAUACCACAGACUCUCCUUGCCAAACUCUUUUGUUUAUUUUACCGUACACACAAACCGUUCACUACACUAGAACAAUAAUCACUCUGUGUGUGUGUGUAUGUGUGUGUGUGUGUGUGUGUGUGUGUGUGUACACUGACAAUACACACAGUACUAGGGACAUACUGUACAUGUCUUAAGUUUAAGUAACAGAACAACUCAAGUGUAUCUGAACAUAUAGACAACACUAAAUAAACCUUUGGUUUAGGUUCUACAUGCAAACCAAGUGCUACUGGGAGGACAGGAGAACAAUGGGUUAAACUUGAUCCUACAGUCCUCUAUUGAGAUGGUAUUUUCCUAAAACUGGUAAUUGCAUGUUUCUUUGGGAUCAUAGAAACAAUCCUUUUGGUAGUUACCCAUUGUAUAGGUACCAGAAAGUACAUAUUGUUGCCAUUACAUGUCUUAGUAAAUACUAGGUAAAUACUGUCUGAAAGAGGACUGUAAAAUGAAGUGUUACUGAACAAUGUAAACAAACUGUACUAACCUGUUACCAUGGUUGUUGACUAACUCUUCUCCAUAGGAACUAGCACCUUGUGACCAUGGUAACACCUUACCUUACUGCAAUGUGUACAGGCAGUCUACUGUAGUAGGGCAUGCAUGGCUUACUGUAGUAGCUCUGAAGAUGAUGAUGAAGGUAUGGAUGGCCUAUUGGAUACAGAGCUGACCUCUGACCUAUAGGGGUCACAGAGGUCGCAUGCCUUGACACGUGUCACAGACAUUCUAGAACUUUCACGCAUCGAGAAUGGAUUUCUGAUGUCUUGAACUCUGACGGAAUGAAAUGUGAUGUAAGCAUUUUUACAAACUUGAAGCUCAAUUUCCUUGUUCUGUUUUUAUUUUUUAUUUUGCUGUUGUGUAUCUUGGGGCGCUGGGAAGGGGUAAACAUUGGGAUGGCUGGGCUAGAGACAUACUGUACUGAAUAGGAUACUGAGUUCCACUAACUUGGUUUGAGUACAAUGUACAAUUUCAAUUGGCCCCAUGUUGCACCAAAUGUUUCCAGACCGUCACAUUGGAAUGAUACUGUCAUUGAAACGUGGUGACGACAUGGAGGACAGUUCGCUGAGCUCGGUAUGUAUACAGUAUGUAUGGCUUUGGGGUGGGGGGUGAGAUGGGGGUCUGGGUUCUGCUAGUGAAGUGUGGGGUGGGGUGGGGUAGAAGAGCUGAUCAGUAACUAAGGGGAAAUCACUCUUCAAAUGUUGCACUUAAGAACUUAGACACGAUAUCAAGAGAGAGAGUGUGUGUUGUUGAGAGUGGACAUGCAAGUAUUUCUACAUUUCCUUAUGUUCUGAAAGGUGUGCGUAUGAGCGUGUGUAUGUGUGUGUGUGUGGCGUGUGCAUCUGCAUGUGUGUGUAUGUUUGUUUGAGGAAGUGAGAGCUAAUUUCAGUUUCUCAUUACACGUUUGUGUGAAAGAGCUGAAUGUGUGUGUGUGUGUGUAUGGUAAUGUAUGCGCGAGUGCGGCCGUGUGUUUUCCUUUGUGCGACUGUUGUCCAAUGUCUACUUACAACAUGAGUGUGUGUGUGAGAUUGUAUUGUCUGGCAAAACAAACAAAAGCAUUUAAUAGUGUUGGAAACAACAAUUACAAUCAUGUUUACCUUCGACUGGAAUGAAUCUCAAUGAACUUGAAAAUAAACAAACCAUAACAAAGGUUAUAUUGAUGAUCAAGAUAACAAAAUAAUAAUC